GCGCGCGCACGCGGAGCCCCGACGGCAGCAGCGGGACAGGGGCGGGCGGCGCGGCCUCGGGAGCGCAGCUGCCGCCUCCCGCGCCUCGCCCUGCCUGUCUAACUACUUCUUUUUGUUUCGGACUGGAAGCGGGAUCCGCGUCCCUGAAAUUGCUAUGCCAACUGAACUCGGCCGGGCCGUGAGAAUGCACGCCAUCUCCGACCUCCACUCCUCCCUCACCCUGCGGCUCCUCAACAAGGGUCCCGAGUACCUGCGCAGGCAGAUGGAGGCAGGCAGCCCGGGCAGGAAAAGUGCCGUGGAGAGGCUGGCAGCCGAUAAGGCCAAGUACGUGAAAAGUCAGCAGGUAAUCAGCACCAGGCAGGAGCCCGUCAUCGUGCUUAGCUCAGCCUCAGAGAGCAGCAGCGAGACCUGUUCGGUGGAGAGCAGAACAGUCAGCAGGGACUUUGGCAGAGGGAAGGGUGCGAAGCCGCUGGAGCUGGCGAAGGCGGUGUACUCCUGCCGUGCCCCCCUGCAGCACGGCCCCCCCAUAGCCAGGCGCAGCACCCCCAAGAGGCAGAUGCGGCCCGAUUCCCUGGUGAUUUACCGCCAGAAAUGCGAGUUUGGGAGAGGUCAAAGCCAGGACAGCUCACGGGGGAGCUUGGUGAGGAGGAUCUUCCAAGGGUCUGUAAAGGAGAAGCAGCUGGCUUCCCCUGAGAUGCCCAGACUCAUGGAGGACACAGCAGCCAACGAGGGCAAAGAGUCUCUCUCAGCAAAAGGCAGUGACCAUGAGCCGAGCAACCACGGAGCAGAGCACACCGCUGCUGUGAGCAGUGAAGCCCCAGGGCUAUGUACACAAGAGUAUGAGAGACCCUCAAAACUGAGUACGCUUCCUGAGGAGGGCAAGGAGGUGAAGAGGAGAGGUCUCCAUCGCUCCCAGUCGGACAUCAGCUCUCGCUACUCCAAGUCCUUCUCUGAGUUUGAUACAUUUUUCAAGUACUGUGGCCUGGAGCAGGAGGUCAUUGAGGAUCUUGGGAGAGAGAACUUCUCCGUGGUGUCUGACAACAUCUCCUUCAAGAUCCGGAGCACCAGCGUGGCAACGUCGGAGAGUGACUUCACACAGCACAGUGGGGACGAGGGGCUGCUGGAGGAUGAACUCACAGAGCAGGUCCCCAGCAGCACUUCCGUGAUUGAGCGCAACGCUCGGAUAAUCAAGUGGCUGUACACAUGUAAGAAAGCCAAGGAGAACAACAAGGUGAUGCAGGAGCUGGCAUGAUGGCUUCUUUCAGCAUGCAUUGCAGCCUGGUGAACUCAAGGAUCCUUGACUUGAAAGUUGAACAAAACCAGACACAGGAAGAAACUCUUCACUCCUCUGGCUCAUGACUACUUUGUCCAAGUUUAGCGUUUUAUUAUUGCCUUCUACCCUUGCCCCCAUCCCCUGGCAGCCUCACUCUUGUCACAAGUACAGAGGUGACCAAAAGCAUGAUCAGAAGCACAGAUUGUGAACAAUGCCCCAGCGAGGCAGCGGGAAACCAAACUCCUGGAAAAGCAACGUGUGGCUGCAGCUACCAUCCACGGCGAGACUCAUCAUCAGCUCACAGCCCUAGGAUGCCAUUCCAGACUGUGCCAGAAGGUCUGUGUUAAUGCACCUGUCUCUUUCCAGCAAUGAAUUUGUCAGCAGGGAUGGGGGGAGAAAGUGGUCAUGAAGUGGUAAUGACCUCUGGGUCAGACAUUUCCUUGCAGGCAGACAGGCUCCACCCGGAUGUUCAAAGGCUCUGUCUUACCAGGGCUGUUUGACCAGGGCUCAUCCUGACAUCAUUAGAUGUUAUUUGCUUGGCUGGUGAAGACUAACUCUGUCAGUUUUAUCUGGCAUACUUGGCAAGCAUGUUGUAAGCUAAAUUCCUGCCAAGCCUCUCUUUCUGUGAGAGCCAAAUUAAGAGUACCUUGUAUCCAUCUAAUUUGCUCUGUCACACAGGUUGCUCAGCCAGCGGGGAGGAAUGGCCUUUAAAACCCUGCCCAACAUAUUUUCAGGAGCAUGGUUCCAAGAAACAGGUAGUCAAAAAUUAAGGAGGGUUUGCAUAGCUACUGCCUCGCUAGGGAACAGUACAAUUCACAUAUACAUAGGCACCUCCAUGUUGUUUGAAAUACGUUUCCUACUCUGACAUUGCAAGGUUUGGCAGCUUGUGGUUUAACAGAUUUAAUUUUAUACACCGUGUGAGCAGUGGUCUCACAGAACCAUGUUAGGAAACUAUCCCAGGCAAUGUAAGGCCACACUUCCCUAGCAUGGGUCUGGAGUAAGGCUGUGCUUGGGAUGUGUAGGGUGACAUCCCUCCAGUGCAAGACAGGAAGGCACGUUAGGGCACAGCCAUGCCAGGUGAAUAUCCUGAUGGGAUGAGAUACCCAGUUCAUCUUACUCAGUUUCUUCAAGAAAAUGCUUCGUUCGGACUAUCUGACCUAAACAUAAUUUAAGAGCUGAUAAAAGGUACUUUAAGAGUAUCAGUGUAGUGAAUGGGGCUUCUACAAUAACUCAAGGAAUUUACUGGGUGUGGCUCAAACACUUACCCCAAUCUGUCAUUGCAUGCUAGAAAAUGUCUUGCAUCAAUAUAUUUCUUUGUGGACAUUGCCAACCACAGAAAAUGCAAGAACUUCCUGAUGAAAGCCAAAGCCAGUUCCCCCUUCGAUCCCAACAAUGUCCAUCUGUGAGAGUGGCCCUGCUGGUGUCAUGGUGACUUGCUGGGUCUUGAUGUUAAAUGAGGGUCUCGCAGCUGUUCAAUGUUUACUUUGUGUCACUGUGGAUGCCGUGUCCAGCUUACCUGCCCACCAGGCCUGUGGUGUGAGGAGACAAGAAGCAUCAGCUCCCAUUCUUUGCAUUCCUUCUGCCCACACCACAGCAGCUCCCGCCACUGCCUCUCCUGGCCCAGAACAGCUGCUGGCGCAGCCCGGUGGGUGCCAAGCUCGAGUGAGCACUUGAGCUGCAUUGCUCAAGUAUUUGCUGCUCCCAGUAAAUGCACCUGCAGUAGCAGAAAGGAUGAGGGUAAGCGGUGACGAUUCAAUAAAACACCAGUGGUAGGAGGAACAGUUUCCUAUUUUGACCUACACAAACUGAAAGAGUUGCCCUUGAAGCGCUCAUCAAGCAGUUUAGUCAACAUCAGUUAAAUUCACAGCAAGAUCACCCUGGUUGCAUUUUCAUACAUUUUAAAUGUGCUUGUCAGUCCCUGGAUGGUUAGCUCUCCAUUACAGAAACAGUUUGAGAAUGCAGGGCAUUUGUCUUCAUUUUCUGGUGUUAUGUACAUGUCUGAAGUUGUCAAGACAUAUAGAUAGCAAUUCCAGAUAAAAUAAUUGUUGAACCCACUUUACAUUUAGGAGAAAACUAAAUAGUUGGUGCAAAUGAGCUUCUGCAAACUCAGAGAGAAGCUAGAAAAUGGGGAUGUUUCUGUUAAAUAACAUUUCCAUGUGUAUUUGUUACGUUAUUAAAGGAUUGAUUCUCAGAAAACUCCAACCCAAGAUGCUGCUAAUAUGAUAAGAUUUAUGCACUUAAGGUGCAGGAUUUUGAGGGAUACAGUCCAGGUUUAUUAGUCAGGAGCACAACCUGUUGUAUCUGUUCUUUUCAUACUCACUUUGCUAGGUGCUGUACCACGUAAAUAUUUACCAGCAUUUGUCAGAGCUAAGGAUUACUUUUCUUGGAAAAUAUGGAUGACUAUAAACAGCUUGGAAAAAUAUUUUUGUGUUACAAAUCAGUGCCCUGCCACAGGAGAAGAGAUUUAUUUUGUUUUGUUUCUAAGGAUUUUUUUUGUUUCAUUUUCAGGCUUCUGUUUGUUUUUGCUGUUUUAGUUGAGCAGUUCUUGAAACUUAAGAAAGAUGCAUUGGUCAUGAGUUUUCAACAUUAGGAAGCAAUAUGCUUAAUUUACUUCAAAGUACUGAAGAUCAGCCUUUCUCAAAGUUGAUGAAAGUUGUAUGGCAGAGGUUAGUGAAAUCAGAACUAGCCCCAUUCUGGAUAUUUUUUAAUCCUCCUUUUGAUCUUUAUGAAUGGUUUAACAGGGUUGUGGUGACUUUCCACAUGGAUUUGUGGCAAAAUUUCCCUGGCUUUGCUCAAACUCUGAUAGGACUCCCAGCCUCUCUGAGGUGUCAUUUACCUCAUAGACAAUGUGAACCUGUCUAAGUUCUUCUGUUAAGCUAGAGAUUCCCUUUAUUUAGGAAUACCUUCUGGGUAAUCUAAUAACCUACCUUUCCCAGUAUUCCAGGAAUGACAGUAGAUGACAGCCUUUCUUGGGGAUGGGUAAUUUGGUGCUUUUUUCCAAAGAAGAAGCUCUGGGCUUUGCUCAGCUCCUGUUACUGUUACAUGUAAAGGCUUUUCCUUCCUUCUACUGAGUGUUUCCAUCAUAUCCCUUAAAAUGAGAAAAACUUACUACUGUUAGUCACUUCCUAUAUUCUUCUAAAGAAAUCUCAAGAUUUAUUUUUACUAUUUCAUUCUAAACCACGUGCUUUUGAAGAGGUGACAUUUUUCAGCUUUAGUGAUAAAUUGAAUGACCCUUGUGGAAUGAACAGAACUUUUAGCAACAGAGUUGGUUUUCCAGUCUUCUGGAAAACCUAAAACUGGGGUUGAGGGCAAAGGCAAGCCACGAAUUGAAUUAUUUUGUUUGACUAGAGCUGUGUAAACUAACAUAGUCAAAUGGAGUGCAAGCCUGCAGCUAACUGCUAUUUACACCCAAGAGUUUCAAGGUGCUCCAACACUGUGACAAGGGGCAAUGUCCAUGGCUGUAGUGUAACAGAAGACAGGCACAAAGUCUGUUUUUUAUGGCCUGGAAGCAAGUGUUUGCAAUAAAGGCAUGAGAUAGAGACUGUAAUUCUUGCAAUAUAUUGUAAAUAUUUCUGUACAUAAAUGUAUAAGUAAGAAAUACAGAUUGUUCUAUAACUUGUAUAUUACUUUUCUAAGGGAUAUAAGCCCUCAUGUUUUGUGAAAUCACCCACACAUUACAUGAAUGGAGAUUAAGCAGAAACUUUCUCCUGGGAGUAGGUUGUCCUGUAAUUGCCUCCUGUGAAGUUUCUUGCAUCUGCUUUUGAAUCCUUUGAAAUGGAGUACUGGUCAGAUCUGGUAUGGACAUUUCUAAGUUGCUAUGUUUAUAUUCCUAUGAAAGAACCUGUAUACUAUUGAAAACAUACAAAUAAAAAUGCCACUUGGAAAGUUAAUAUUUUUUAAAAAACAGUAUACUCUUAGUUUGAUGUCUCCACUGGGGUACUAUAAUUUUAAAGCUAGAAUCGUAGAAUCACAGAGUGGUUUGUGUUGGAAGGGACCUUAAAGAUCAUCUAGUUCCAACUCCCCUGCCAUGGGUAUGGACACCUCCCACCUAGAUCAGGUUGCUCAAAGCCCCAUCCAACCUGGCCUUGAACACUUCCAGGGAGGGGGCUUCCACAACUUCUCUGUGCAACCUGUUCUGGUGUCUCACCACACUCACACUAAAGAGUAUCAUCCAAAUAUCUAAAGAAUGUCUUCCUAAUAUCUAAUCCCACUAGGGAAUUAAUUUAUCUGUGACUAGAGUUGAUAUUAGACUGUGAGCAUCCAAAAGCAUAAUGCUUCCCUGGACCGUACCCAGACCCCUGGCUGAGAACUUAGGCAGGCGAUCUUGUAAGAAGGUAGCACUCACAAGGAGUGUUAGCUCUCAAUCCCAGUAAAUUUGAAAUAAAUGAGUCAAGGGCUGUUCCAUGGUAUUUUAAUAUUUUUCAUUUCAGAAUAUGGCUAAAAAGAUGGGUGGGAUAGUUAUUUUUUACAGACUUCAGUAUUAUAUUUGUGUUUACUCACUGUCAAAAGCUACAGUGUGCUGCAUAUUUCAUAUUCAUCACAGCCAGUGUCCAAAGUGGCAAGGAGCUUCAAGUUCUGGUUGGAAAAAACAUGUCUCUAGAAUCUUCUUAACAAGCUGUUGUUUGACUGGAUUCCACAGAAAAAAAUUCAGUAUGUGAUACUAAUCCCCUGUGCACGUAUUUUGUGAAGAAAGCAGCAGAAAUAACAGCUGGGGUACAAAAAGCUUUUACCAGAGACCAAUGCACUCCAUUUGCAUAAUUACAAUUUUGGUAUGGUCUAAACUGCUCAGCCACCACUGUUUCACCAGCCAGCAUUUGAACAUAACUAGAGGUAGAACAAACUGAUGAUGCCUGUGCAAAUUAGGCUCUUCCACAAAAACCCAAGAGCAGCUUUAUCAUCAUUGACAUGUAGCCUUCCCCACAGUAGCCCUGGCUGACCUGUGUCAGUGCAAGAUACAAAGCAAGUCUGGAAAGGGGUGACAAUUUGUGCAUCCCCCUUUCUAUGGAGGUUAAUAUCUCAUAGCAAGUCUUUGCUGCCUUGGAGUGGAACGAGCCAUCAUAGCCCAUGGAAUAUCCUUGGGCUACAGCCCAGCUUAGCAUUUUAAGAACAUUAUUUUAAAGCCCUUUUUCAUUUAGCGUCUUUGUCUCACAUUUUAUGAAGUUGGGUGAAUUUCUUACAGAAAUAAAGAUUUGUAAGUUUUUGUUCACAGACUGUCUGGUGUAAGCAACCUCUUAAAGUCCAUAGCUUACUGAUUCACUGCUUCUCUUUUGAUUUUUCUCUGGGUAAUAAAUACAAGUUGGAAAGAAACUCUAAAGAUAUAGUAAUUGGAAAAAGGCAUUUUCAGGUGUUUUGUAGAUGUUGGUGCAUUCUGAACGUAGAACUCCAAUACUUAGCAUCUCCAAGAACUUUUGACGAAGAACAGUCUAUGUCAAGAGCAGAAAAAUAAGCAAAUACAGGGCUUAGCUUUACUCUCCAAAGAGAUACUUCCAGGUUUUGGGAAGGUUUAGGGAUUGGGCCAUAUUUAUCCUGGGUUUAUCCUGUGGGACUAAAGGAGACUAUAUCAAUUCAUUUAAGCAGAAUGUUGGAGGGAGGUGCUCCAUCUUGACCUAGAAAGAAUGACUCAGCUCAUUUGCAGUCAAUGGUGUAAUAGGCAGCUUAGUCCAGGAAGUUCUCCAUGACAAAAGGUGUUGAGAAUUUUGAUCACUUAUACUUGCCAAUAAAACCAGAAAAACGAAUAGUAUCAGAGAAAAACAAUCUCCAGAUCUAAGUGAGUUACAUAUAUCCAUCUCUAGAAAUCAGUCUAGCUCCUGAAAGAACAUAAAAUCCUGUAAAAUUAGUUUGCACAUUUGUAGGGGAGUUGUCUUGCUUUGGCAAUUAAUAUAAUAAAACUAUCUAAGAGCUUUGCUUCUUUGGAUUUCACACUUUGCCUCAAUAAGGAACAGCCCCAUGAGAGUACCAGUUUUGUACUUUUUCAUGGGCUGUAGCAAGAAGCAAAGGGCAGCAAUAAUUGACAAGUGAUGAUCAACAUAAGACAGUGUGAAAACAACCAGAGCUAAGAUUUAGACUCAUGCACAAAGAGGCGGGCACAGCUGAGCACACAAAGGGGAACGUUGCCCUAACUCCUUCCUGUCAACCCAACCUCUUCUUACAUCACUGUUUUUCUCACUGGUGAGUAGGAAGUUUUAACCACUUCCACGGUUACUCAUCAGUUUGAAUUGCACAUCUUAUGCCCUCCCUGACAGUCCCUUUCAGUGUUUGUAUUUCCAAUAAACUCAUUCAUGUUACAACAGUAUUAAAAAAGGAAGCAUGCUAUUUAUCCUCA